AUGAUCAAUCCACAUACUUCUGUUGGCAUCGCCCAAGUCGUGUUCUACGCACUUGUCUUGCCCAUCGCGGUAUUCGUUCUUAUCCGGAACUGGAAGCAUGGACUUCGUCUCGCCUCUUAUCCUCUUGUCACGUUCUCUUUGGCUCGUCUUGCCGGCGGUAUCUUGACCAUCCUUCGUCAAUCCGAGCCAACUAGUAUCGGACUUAUCAUCGCAACUACAGUGCUACUCAAUGUUGGCCUCAUUCCGCUGAUGAUCUCCAUGGUUGGGUUCAUCCGAUUGAUCAUGAAAUCGAGUCUUGAUGAGAAUAAGCGCGCUUUCUUCCUAAUCAAGAUCAUUCGCAUUGCAUUCAUCGCUGCCAUUGUUCUUCUCUGUGUGGCCGGAGCUUUCAGUGGAACCAAUAUACACCUCUCAAGACACCUGACACAAGCUGGCUAUGUCACUCUUGCUGCUGUCAUUGGUUUGAUGACAGUCGAGUUACUUCACCUCUACACACAAAAGCAUCGGAUCGCUCCCGAGAAACACAUAUUUAUACGACUUACUUUAGCAAGUAUUCCGACUCUUGUCCUCCGAACAGUCUAUGGUCUCCUUUGUGCUUUCACCAUUGACAAUGUCACUACCAUCUGGAACUCACUGGUGGGAUCUGCUGUAGCGUUUGCUUUGAUGUGUUUGCUUGCGGAGUACAUCACUCUUCUGAUCUUUCUUUAUCUUGGGAUUCGCCAUUGGCGAGAUGUGUGCGCUGAGACCGUGGGAAGUGUGGAGAUGGAGUCUUUGCGCAAGUAA